AUGGACGGUACAGGUAUUAGCGAUGGUAGUAGUGUGACUGGUGACGCGGCUGCAGGUUUCCCCGCGGGUGCCACGCAGGCUCCGGGCUCGAAGCAAGGCAUGGACCUGUAUUUCGACAAUGCGUUGCAAUAUAUGGGUGAGCACCCGGUGCUAGCUGGUGUUGGUGGGUUUUUGGCGCUCUACGUGGGUGCUGGUGUGUAUAAAGGUGUGCAGACGAGGCUGAACGGCGGGAAAGCUGCCACGCAGUUCUUGAAAGGUGGGUUUGAUCCGAAGAUGAACGCCAAGGAGGCUCUACAGAUAUUGAACUUGAAGGAGAACAACCUGACCACGAAGAAGUUGAAAGAAGUGCACAGGAAGAUCAUGUUGGCGAACCACCCGGACAAAGGUGGAUCACCAUACCUGGCCACCAAAAUCAACGAGGCAAAGGACUUCCUGGAGAAGAAAGGUAUCGUGAGGAAGUAA